AUGUCUCUGCAUCACGUCAAGUGCCUCUUGCGUCUGCUUCUAACAGCCGCUGCUCUGGCCCCGGUAGUCAAUGGCCAGACCCAAUGCUGCAGUCAUGGCGGUCCCAAGCUCGGAGCCGUCGCAUCAGAAAACAGCAUAUGUAGCAGAAUAGGAACGCGCCUGCUGGAAGACGGCGGCAAUGCAGUGGACGCUCUUGUCGGCACAGUGUUUUGUGUGGGCGUCACGAGCAUGUAUCACAGCGGGAUUGGCGGCGGCGGCUUUCUCUUGCUGAGAUCACCAAACGGCACCUACGAGUUUGUCGACUUCCGUGAAACUGCUCCGGCGGCGGCCUUUGAAGACAUGUACAAGGGAAACGCCAACGCAAGACGGGAGUUUGGUUUGUCUAACAUUGCUUCCAGCGGAGUGCCUGGCGAGUUGAGAGGCACGGAAUACAUCCACAAGAAAUACGGCGCUCUGAAAUGGCCUGAUGUGAUGGCACCUUCAAUCAAGCUCGCGCGUUUCGGGUUCCACGUGACUGAGGAUUUGGUCCGGUACAUGGACUCGACGUCUCCAAACGCAUUCCUCACCGAAGACCCGUCUUGGGCCAUGGAUUUCGCCCCGAGGGGGUGUCGUGUGCGCUUGGGCGAAACCAUGACACGAAAGAGAUAUGUAAACACGCUCGAGACCAUUGCGAACGAAGGCGCCGAUGCCUUCUACACUGGCGCCAUCGCAAACGCGACGAUUCGGGCUCUAAAGGCAGCCAACGGAACCAUGACCUUGGAGGACCUCGGAAGUUAUACCGUUGCCCUUCGAGAACCGGUGCAGUUAAAGUAUCGGGGAUACAAACUCACCAGUACAAAUGCUCCCUCGAGCGGCGUCGUGGCUCUCAGUGCCUUGAACAUCUUGAGUGGAUAUGACGACUUCCCAGAUCCAAGCCGAUCGAAUCUGUCAACACACCUCAUGGAUGAGGCGAUGAAAUUUGCGUAUGGGCAGCGUACCAAACUUGGCGAUCCAUCCUUUGUUGCGGGCUUGGACAAGUACACCAAGGACAUGAUUUCGUCCAAGACGGGUGACGAGGUUCGCUCCAAGAUAACCGACCAAAAGACUUUUGACGUGCCGCACUAUGACCCGGAAGGCCUCGAGUCUCUGGAAACACCCGGAACAUCACACGUCGUCGCUGCAGACGCCCAGGGCAUGUCCGUGUCAAUGACGACAACAAUCAACCUACUCUUCGGAUCGAGCCUCAUGGUCCCUGAAACCGGCGUCAUCAUGAACAAUGAAAUGAACGACUUUAGCACCCCCGGGGAAAGCAACGCCUUCGGAUAUGUUCCCAGCGCCGCAAACUUUGCUCGGCCGGGAAAGCGGCCGCUAUCGUCAAUUUCCCCCAUCAUUGCCGAGACAGCAGACGGCAAGCUAUAUUUCUCCAUUGGAUCCGCGGGAGGGAGUCGCAUCAUUACUGCGAAUAUCCAGAACACAAUCCACCUGCUAGACGGCAACAUGACGGUCCCCGACGCCCUGAAGCAGCCAAGGCUCCACGAUCAGCUUGUCCCGAGCCGAGUGAGUUUUGAGUACACAUACAACAACCGAACAGUAGCGUAUAUGAAGUCUCUGGGCUACAAUGCCACGUGGGUAGCUCCGGGACAAAGCACUGCACAAGGAUUGCGGCUAUUGCCCAACGGAACGUUUGAGGCGGCUGGAGAGCCAAGACAGAGGAAUUCUGGAGGUUUCGCCGUAUAG